AUGAGUGCUAAAAAUUAUAGAUUAAUUCACAAUAAAACCUUACCAACCUUCUAAUACCAAAAUGAGCCUUUGCAAGUUAAUGAUUAAUAUUAAGUCUAUAUGUCUGUAUAACCUAAUGCAGUAGAGUAAUUAAUCUAAAAAGAUUAAGCAAAACCAAAAACUUCUAUUUUAGAUAAAUUUAUUGAGACAGAUAAAAAUAGAAGCAAAACAGCCUAUAACCCAGGGCUUUUUCAAUAAAACUACAUGAAAAACGAAAAACCUAAUUAAACUGUCUAAUUUGAUGAUAAUAUUUAGACAUCUUAAUAAAUUAAUUAGAAUUACAAUUAAAACAACAUAAAUCACAAUAAUAAGAAAACUGUUACAUUAAAAAAUCUCCAAUAAACAUUAUUAUUUGAUGAAAGGACUAAUUCUGUACCUAAAGCUGCUAUCUAAAAUCCUAUCAUUGAUGAUAUCGUAAAGAAUGGAGAUAUAAUUCUUAAGAAAAGAGGAUUACUAAAUUAAGUUCAAAACCUAAAGAGGUUAAAGUUGCUUAAAUAAUAUGAGUUUAAUCAGUAAUCUUAUUAUAUAUAUUUUUAGUUAUUGUUUGCCAGGAAUUGGAAAAUCACCAUAUGUUUUUAAUGAUGCUCAUUCCAAAAGCACAAAUCCAGGAUAUUCAAGAAAUAAAGAAGGUGGAAAAUUUUUCACAAGAUGA